CCUCUCUUGUUGACUCUCUCUGCCCUCUCCGCCUCUCUUGUCUUUCUGUCUCUGCCUCUCUGCAUUCAACACAAUCAAUCACUCGCUAUUAGCCUUAUCUACCCCCGGCCUGGACCCUGCCUGCACACCCAAUCCUAGUCAUGCUUCCGAACCGCGUCUGCGUCUCCCUCGCCGUCUUGGACUACUCCCCCGCCCAAUAUCUAUUUCAUCCCUCCCGUCCACGCGACUGGUCUUCUCAAUUUCCAUUUCUCCUCUCCUUUAACAUCUCUCCUUGAAAGUCGCCAUUUCGGUCGCGUCGCCGUCGCCAUGUCCGAAUACAUUGGCCAUAACAAGGACCACCAUGUCGACGAGACCAAGCUCUCACACGACCACUCGCCCCACCCCCAUAGCUCCGAUCUCGAGAAUGGCGACGUCAAGUCUGCUCCGCUGGCCCGCAGCCUCAAGGGACGACACAUGCAAAUGAUUGCCAUUGGCGGUGCUAUUGGCGCUGGUCUCUUCGUUGGUUCGGGAAGUGCUCUACAUUCCGGUGGGCCAGCAAGCUUGCUCCUUGGCUACAUCAUCACUGGAAUAAUGCUUCUGUUGACAGUCCAGGCCCUUGGGGAGAUGGCCGUCCUCUAUCCUGUCAACGGCGCUUUCUUCAACUACAUUGUCCGUUUCGUGGAUCCGUCGUGGGGCUUUGCCGUCGGCUGGGAUUACGCCCUCAACUGGCUUAUCAUCCUACCGUUUGAAAUCACCGCUGCCGGUCUCACAAUAAAGUACUGGGGUGAAUACAACAUCGGCAUCUGGAUCGCCGUCUUUUUGGCGAUCCUUACGGCCGUCCAGUUUUUUGGUGUGCGCGGAUACGGCGAGGUCGAAUUUGUCCUGGCCAUUAUCAAGAUUGCUGCUUGCGCUGGCUUCAUCAUCCUUGGCAUUAUCAUAAAUUGCGGUGGCGUCCCGGGUGACAACCGCGGUUACAUUGGUGCACGGUACUGGCAUGACGGUCGUGCCUUCCAAAACAGUUUCAAGGGCUUCUGCUCCGUCUUCGUCACUGCCGCUUUUGCCUUUUCCGGAACCGAAUUGACCGGUCUCGCCGCUGCCGAAGCUGCGAACCCGCGCAAGUCUCUCCCAAAGGCUUGUCGCCAGGUGUUUUGGCGCAUUGCCUUCUUCUACGUACUCAACAUCUUCAUCCUCGGCCUGAUUGUCGACUCGAACUCGGACUACCUCCUCAACUCGUCUGGUGCUGGCAACACACAGUUCUCCCCCUUCAUUGUCGCCAUCAAGGACGCUGGCAUCAAGGUCCUGCCAUCCAUCUUCAACGCCGUCAUCACCAUUGCCGUCAUCAGUGUGGCCAACUCUGCCACGUAUGGCUCCACCCGCACCAUCCAGGCCCUCGCCGUCAAGGGCAUGGCGCCCAAGCAGCUUGCCUAUGUCGACAAGAAGGGACGCCCGGUUCCCGUCAUUAUCCUUCAGCUCAUCUUCGGUCUCCUCGCUUUCGUGAACGAAGCUCCCGAAGUCGGCAACCAAUUCUUCAACUGGCUCCUCGCCCUAGCCGGCUUGUCCAACUUCUUCAUAUGGGGCUCCAUCUGCCUCGCACACAUCCGCUUCCGCAUGGCUUGGACCUACCAAGGCCGCACCCUGUCAGAGAUUCCCUACAAGGCCUAUUUUGGCAUUCCCGGCUCCGCCGUCGGCCUCUUCCUCAACUUCAUGUGCCUCGUCUUUCAAUUCUACGUCGCCCUGUUCCCGAUCGGCGGCGAUCCUCCGGACGCCGAGGCCUUCUUUGGUGCCUAUCUUGCCGCUCCCAUCACCCUCGCCCUCUUCGUCGGCUGGAAGGCCUACACCGUCUUCACGAAUAAUCUGUACCAUCGCCAGCAGACCUGGCGGCCGUACGUCUUGCUUUCAGAAAUGAAUCUUCACGAGGGCAUGCGUGAUAUUGCGCUCGACACCGACGACCAUGUUGUCGAAAAGGGCCAUCGCACUAUCGGUCAGAAGAUUCUCGGCGCGCCAAAGUCUCUUCUCCGCGCCUUUUUCUGAGAGCGCAGCGAAUGAAACGGACACAUGGCCCUCCCUUUUCAAGGCAUCCUUUUCGGACAAUUUUUUUUUGGUAUUUGGCAAUAGUUCUAUUAAGUUGCUUGAAGACGCGUUGUAUACCACGUGGGUUUUGCUUAGUGGCGUUCAAAUGUAUGUUAAGAGAUUCCUCCCUGCCCUCCCCCGUCGCCCGGCGCCGGUCUCGGAAACUAGAUAUAUGCAUGAACCAGACACUACACAACUGCUGCAAUACAACUUUGUCGUCUCAGGGAG